AUGUCGACGAAUAGAGUGGUGCCCCUGACUGCCGAGAAUGUGAUUACACGUGCAGCACCUACAGACGAGCAACCUCAUCGAAUUUCUAUCACACCUCUACUGAAAGCCCUUUCUACCCCUCCACCAUACACUCAUGUGCCAGCCAGGUCAAUAGCUCUUGCUUGGGCUCGAACUUUUGAGAACCACUUAUCGCAUACACAACUUGCCGCCCUUCUUACCUUACUGUGUUCCACAGGCCUCGACAAACAUCCCGAUGUCAUCGCAGAAUGCGCCGAAGCCAUGCGGGAUGCUGCUGCCCCAGUCGACUACAAACAGAUCUCACAGGUAUUGGGCAAGAGGAAACGAGAAAGAGGUGCGUAUAGAGGAGGACUGUGCGAUAUUGUCGGGACAGGCGGUGAUGCUCAUUCGACCUUCAACAUUUCCACGACUUCCUCGAUCAUUGCAUCUGCACUCCUGGCCAUCGCAAAGCAUGGGAAUCGAGCUCAGACAAGUAUGGCUGGUAGCGCUGACGUGCUGAAAGCUGUGACGCCGAGACCACCAAUCUUAGAGAACCUCAUGGCAGAGCAUUUACCCAAAGCAUACGAGAACAGCAACUAUACUUUCUUGUUUGCUCCCAACUUCCACUCAGGGAUGCGCUAUGCUGCAACUGUUCGUCGAGAGUUAGGCCUGCGCACCAUCUUCAACUUGAUGGGUCCUCUUGCCAACCCUGUCCAUAAUCUUAUCGAGGUCCGUGUCUUAGGGGUGGCGUAUCAAGAGCUUGGUCCAGUUUUCGCUCAGGCACUGCAAAAGAAGGGCAUCACAAAGGCUAUGGUUGUAUGUGGUGCAGAAGACCUGGAUGAGAUCAGCUGUGCAGGUAGGACAAAUUGCUGGUGGCUGCAAGAAAUAUUAAAUCCAAAGUACCAGAAAAGUGGAAGCGAGGACAACGACACAAGCGAUGAUGAUACAGAACCAAAGUAUACCUCAAAGCUGGAAUCUUUCUCUCUAGAGCCUGCCGACUUUGGCUUAUCUACCCAUCCUCUAUCUGAAGUGGGUGGUGGGAAAGGACCGAGAGAGAACGCCAAAGUGCUUCUAAGCAUCUUGAAGAAUGAAAUGGACCGAGAUCAUCCUAUUCUGCACUUCGUCCUCAUGAACGUCGCCGCCCUCCUCGUUGUGAGUGGUAUUACUGAAUCCGACUCUUCUGAGUAUGGAGAGGUCAUUCAAGACCGAGGUCCGGCUGGGGGUCGAUGGAAGGAGGGUUUGCGCUUGGCUAGGUAUUGUCUCGAAAGUGGUAAGGCUUUGCAAGAGUUUGAGAAGUUCAUCGACUUGACCCAUAGUAUUCAAGUCUGA